CAGUUCUUUCUUCGUGCAGUUCAUAGAGCUAUACUCUUCUGAUAAUGCUUCUGCUGCGGCGGGGCAGCUGCUGACUUCUUGAUACUAUGCACAGAAAUUUUGUUGGUUUUGCUUUAAUGUAAGUAGUUUAGAUACAGCCUGACUACUCACUUCGGCUCCGGGUGGAUAGUUGCAGUCAGAGUUCCACUUUAUUUUUGAAGAUCGCAGCAAACGGUUGAUGAUGCCAGGACGAAAUCACAAGCAAAUGUUUCUUUCUCGCCUCACUUCCCUGGCUGGAAUUGCGGUUUGGUGCGCGGCAUUUUUUACGAUCCGACUGCAGCACGUCGUGGAGGAGCUGCUGGGAGCAGUGGAGGAACGACUGGGGGACACGACCCCGCCAGGUGGUCCUCGUGGUGUCCCACGCCCUUCAUUUGGGGCGUCGAGGACCUCCAGUCACACUCUGCUUUUUGCGGAAGCCAAGCGCAGAUCCUUUCUCCGGUCGGCGUCCGGAGGUGGGGCAGCAGGGGGGAGAGGACCACGAAAUAAUUCUCGAGGAAACAAAACCGACGCUCCGUCCGGGCAGUCGGUUUUUUCGCGGGAGAAAUCGCGGCAACUAAGCGCGUUUCUCACGUGUGUAGUAGACCUGCAGAACAGCGCCGGCGAGGUAGAAGGUGAAUCGCACGGCAGCAGCAGCAGCAGCAGUUGGUCUAGUACAAAAAGCACGGGCAGCACCAGUUCGUCAUCUGCAGGAAGAGGUACUAGACCAGGUCAUGCAGCAUCGAACCAACGAACCGGACCGAACUAUUAUGCGGCGACAUCAGCACCAGAAGGAGUCUCGUGCCCGAUCUGUCUGGAGCCUGUAUGUGUCCGGGAACAUCAAGACCCAGCAGGACAAACAUCAAGCCGCAUCAGCUUCGGUCUGUGGCCGUGUGGACAUUUUAUUCACGGGAAGUGCUAUUCGCAGAUGCGGCGAGCGCGGACGUACCAGGGCCGGUGUCCUGUGUGCCGGACCGAUAUCACGAGAAAAAAGUGUUACAGUUACACAUUUGUUGGAGUUUCUGCAUCACAAAUUUUCUCUGUGUGACAGAGAAAACUUGCAAUGCGAAGAUCAUAAGGGAAAACAGGAAGGAAACGAGGCUCCGAAGCAUUUUCUGCACGAGAAAGGUUGUCUGUGUUGCCGGUCUUGCAACACAGUGUGUAACUGUAACACUUUUUUCUUGCGAUAACCGAGACCGAGGAAAUACUGGCGCUGAAUCCCGUGGAGAUGAUGAUGCCAUCAACUAGUUGUACUACCUCGCGACGAGGUAGAGUAACUGCAAGGUCGAACAAGAACAGCUCCGUAGACCAGCAAGCCAACCACCUGCUUGCGCAAUUCCUGACUCUGGUCGACAGAGUCGUAGACGGCGGGGAACAACCACCUUCUUGGGUUAGGACUACUCCCAGCCGAGCGCCGGGAGUAGUGGUUCCGCAGUGCCUCCGCUAUCAAAUGCAAAUAUCGAUCUGGGUCUGGAAGAAUGCCAGACUUGUCAUGCAGGUUCUCCAUGACCCAUGAGGUCUGGUAUUUAGGACAUAGCAUGACAGAUUCUGUGAGAGCUCUAUCAUGCCUCUCCUGCAUGAGAAACUGCCUCUCGAUUAUGUCAAAAGUGGACAACUUUAUUCGGUAAUCAUGCAACACAGAUUUAUUUUCCAUGAUUCAGAUUUAGCAUGACAAGUUGCUUUGUUCCAGAGGACCCAGACGUAUUUGCAUUUGAUAUCCGCUGGGCCGGUGCAACUUGCGGCCGCGCGCUCGCAAAACUGUUCCGCGUCGAGCGGUUGCGGCGAUUUGCACGUGAAAUCAGUAGCAGCGGUACUUCAUCUGCGGGUCCGCCGCGAGGACCAGGAGCCGAUGAGACGGCGGAGAUGAAUUCCAGUCGAGCGGCACACGUUCAUAUCAAAUGUAAAAAUGUCUGGGUCUGGAAGAAUGCAAGUUUGUCAUGCUUGUCUGGCGUGAUUCUUAAAUCUGUCAUGCACAUUACCAAAGAGCCCUACUUUUCUGUCAUGCAGAAACGUAGUUUGUCAUGCAGAAUAGGCAACCUCUAGAAGCUCAAAAACUUAUCAUGCUGAGCCAGCAAUUGUCGCCUCCUCAUGAUACGCCACACAGCAUCACAAGUUUCCAGACCCAGACACUUUUACAUUUGAUAGCUCAACAUCGGCUGGGGGAGUGCACCCGACACAUCGGCAGAAUCUCGGCCUCGUGCUUGCGGGCGGCGCGGUGGGCCGCACAGCUGGUGGUUCUCGCGAACGCAAUCGGGUUCCUGCACGACACGACGUACUCUGGUUUGCGGGGGAACGAAAAGGGGGUGUCCGACGACGACCUGGCGCGGCUCGGGCUCGCGCUGGCGUUGCUGCGCAAUCUCGCGCUGGCGUUCGUGACCGAGGACGCUUUGAAAAGUUUGUGCGGGCGGAAAAACAAGUACGGGCAACUCCUCGCUUGGACAUUGCGCGUCUUCGCCGUGCAGUGUCUCCGGGUGCGCCCCGUCCGCGCUCCCCACGUGCGUCCGUCGGCGACCUUUCUCGAGCCACUGCAGCAGCUGCAGAUGGCGCGCGACACGUUGGCGGACUUUAUCCGCAGCGGGCCGUGUGCGGGCGCUGCGGCGAUGACGGGUGCGAGUGCCUUCUCAGCAGCAGCCGCCGCGGUGAUCGAAGGUGGAACAACAGGUGGUAGUAGUGGUACAAUCAAUGCUGGAACGUCUGCGUCGUCGACGUUUUUGUCGCGCUCCUUGCAGGGCGGAAUCAAUAUCCUAGAAGCUGCAGCGCAACAGCCUGCUGGCCCAGCAGGAGCAUCUCCGUUACAAUUUCUGUCGACCACAGCCUGUGCUUCUGUCACGCACGCGGGUCUGCUCGCGGUGCAAGCGGUUCAGGAAAUGCUGGUGCGCCUCGCGCUCGGGGAACCGCUGUUCGGGAGCUGUGCGCCGCGCGAGACGGGACUGUACUUUCUGGCGCAGGGGACGGCGCUGGCGAAUCUGGCGAAGAUGGUGUUGUGGGAUGGCGGGGGGAGUCUAUGUCGGCUGGCCGGCGAACUCGCCGCACUGGUAGCCGACGUCUGCACGGACGCGGUCGGCCGCCCCGUCGUCAACUUUGCGGUUUCUGAGGCGGAGGAGGAGUCCAUCGCCGCCUUGCGAUUCGACGUGCUGACGGAGUUGGUCGGCGCCGCAGUGUAUCCUGUACAAAAGUAUCGUACUCGUACUAAUCGCAUUCAUGCAUUACAAAUUUCUUUCUUAAGGUAAAUCCGCAUUACAAAUUUUAUUUCUCAUGCUGAGAAAAAAUGCAUCUAUACGAGUACGAUACUUUUGCAGUUCAUACAGUGCUUCACUCCUACUCGUCCGGUUUGCCUCCUCCAUAUGUGCCGGUAAAGGUCGUUCCGGAACCACUAGCGCCACUGGACCACUGUGCCGCAGCCUACACCGCGGAUCCGUUUGCAAAGGCGGAAAUUCGGACGCUGCUGCGGCUCCUGCGGACCGGGCUGCAAAGCGCGCGCAUUUGUCGCGUCCCGCCACCGGCAGGAGCUUCUCGUGGUUCUCGGCAGCAGCCAGAACUACAACAUGGACGACCAGCGGGAGAUCCGGCGGUUCGUCGCAAGUUGUUGUCCCGGGGCAGCAGGCAUCAUAGCUGGGCAAGUAGUACUGGCUCCGGGACGCCGCGGACGCGCGGUUCGACGCUCUUCGAUUCUGAUUCUGAUCUCGAGGACGAGGACAUAAAUACGACCGGUUAAUAGAAAUUGCAGUAGAGAUCCACGUCGGACCAAAACAAAAGACACGGAGCGUCCUCCACUGUCAAAAAACAGCACUAGCAUAAGUACCUUCAUCGUCUACUCUGUUUCUCCAGGAGCGCGUGUAAUUGUUUUCCGUCGCAGGCGUCACACCAUGAGCAGCCGUUGAAGGCAGUUCGUGGAAAUAACAAGCGCAGGAGUUUCUGUACACUAUGGAAGAAAGGAUUUGAAGGCUGGUGGCAGAGCGCCAAUAUCCGCUUUCGCGCUUGCGAAAGAUUGCGCCUUGCCCGCUUUUUGCGUAGAUUGCGCCUUGAAGAAGAGAAAUGAGUUUUGCUGCAACAGAUAUUAUACUUACGAGGAUGAACUUUGUCAAGCUCAAGUCAGCGGGACUUUGGUGGCCUGUGACAACAUG